AUGGAAUGCCCUCCCGGAUGCCCAGCGGCUGUUUACGAGCUGAUGCGUGGAUGCUGGCAGUGGAAUGCAUCCGAUCGCCCAUCAUUCCGCGAAAUCCACCACGCCCUGGAGCAUAUGUUCCAAGAUAAUUCUAUUACUGAGGAAGUGGAAAAACAGCUUCAGGAGGGAUGUACAGGAACGCCUCAUAUGUCGUUGAAGAAGGCUGGGAGCAUCGGGGCGCAGACAUCAGGCGAUCGUGGCGUUCAAAUGCGUCGCCCGACUAACAGGCGCGGCAAGCAGGCACCUCAGCCACCCAAGCGUACCAGUUUGUUGUCAUCAUGCAGCUCAUUUCGCGAGUCGCAGUAUGCAACCGAGGAGCAAACUCACGACGAUGGGCUGGCUUCUUUCAAUGGUGGGGGUCGGGUUGGGGCUCGUGAGGCGUCAUCGGAGGGGUCUUUGGCAGAAGCAACUCCAGAUACUGAUGAGUCAGCGGGCGCUGUAGGCAUGAGCUUGGGCGCAUCGGAACAUCGCCACAGGCCGAAGCGUCGCCACCACGGCCAUGGCCCUUCACAUCAACAUCAGACAUCGCAUGACGUCCCUAAGCAGGGUGUACAAGUAGCAGCGCUUGAAGUUCAGAACGUGAAACGCGCAAUAAAUCGCUACGGAACACUUCCGAAAGGCGCUCGCAUCGGAGCCUAUUUGGAGUCGCUUCGUCAAAGUGGCGCCCCCUGCGCUCCGAGCUCGCCUCGCGAACCCCAUCAAGAUGAAGCUAGAUCUCUAUCGCCUAAAACUGCCAGAUCUCAACCCCACAUGAUACGAUCAAAUUCUUCGGGAGGUGUAACUGCCCCUACGCCGGCUUCGCCCAGAGCGGCGCGCGCGGCUCCCCCUCUUAGAUCAUUCACCAACAGCCCUAUCAAACCCCGACCAAGGCUUGCUGAAUUAGAGUUUCCCCCUCCUCCCCCAGACCUUCCCCCUCCGCCCGAAGACACACCGCAACCACCCCCACCGCCCCCACCACCAGAUUGCUGCAACGCCGGCACCGACACGGCGGACAGACUAGAAACACCCACCGAAAUGGAAGAAAAACCAGCAAAACAAAUCAUGAAGGAAAUGCUCGAACUGAAGCUGGUCGCGGAAAUCAAAGAGCGCGCCGACAAGAAGAAACAGAAACUCAAAGAAUCACCCCCUCAUGAAAUCCUCGAGAUGCACACAUCGUUCGGUGACCCCGUCACGAGAUUAGUCUCCGAAUUGUCGGAGAGCUUAAACAUGGAAGCCCUCCGAAAGGGUGACAAGAAAGAGUCCAAACCCGAGACAAAAGAAAAGGUCUCCCCAAUUGAUCUCAAAGCGAGUCUCAGGAAGACAUCGUACAACAAUAAUAUUGACAAAAAACCUGGUCUCGACACUAAGACCAACACUGACUUCAAGUCGCAACUUAAAAAGGUUGAGACCAACAGAGUAAACAAUACAAAGGAAUCUGACGAAUCUGGCAGAUCCAUAAUCGAUUUUAAAUCACGUUUGCGGAAAGUCGACAGCAAUUCGCCUUCUACUAACGGCCAAGUAAAGAAAGUUGAGAAUUCUCCGGAAGAUUCUAGAAAAGAUCUUUCGAGUAAAAGUGAUGAUUCCGAUAAGAAGAGGUCCGAGAGUGGAUCUUUAGAUACGAGUGGUGGUGAUGAAGAUGAUAAACGCCGUAGCACGGGCAGCAUAAGUAGCCUUAAGAAGCUAUGGGAGAAUAAAGAGAGUGAUGAACGCUUGAGUCCUAAAAUGAAGCCAAAAGAUGAGAUAGAAGAUGGAUCUCCUGAUGAUAGGUCAGGGCUGGGCCGAUGUGGGAGUUUGCUAACUCGGCGUGAUGAUAAGCCAGCGGUGGCUAGUAAGCCGUCUAUACGUGGUCGGCCUUUGGGGAAAGGUGGUAUUUAUGCCACACCUUUGUCUGCAAAUGCAGACAGUGAGGAUAACGACUCUCUUGCUGCGUUAAGAAUGUCUUUGGAAUGCUGCACGAAUGAGGUCCGUCGUGGCUGCGGCGGAAGCGGCGGUCGUGGGUCGUUAUGGCGUCUUCAAACGUCCGAACGACUUGCACGCCUAAGCAGUGCGUGUAUGUCUGCAGCUUCUGCUAGCAGGUGUGCACCACAAUUGCGCGUGCAGCUAAGAGCUGCCGCUACGCGAUUGGAAUGUGAGGCUAGAGCCCUGGCUUCACCGGCGCCUCAUCAUCAUCACCUGGCUGAUGGAGUGGAACAAGCACUCAGGGAUCUCGCUAAUAUUGUGCAUAGAGGAGACAGAGUACACAUUUUUCUGUGUCUAUUGGCAGUUGAUAUGUGCCUACCAUAA